AUGGCGAUGGAGCUGAUGGGCUUAGCAGUUUACAACAGCAUCGCUCUGGACAUCCACUUCCCCCUCUACUGUUACAGGAAGCUUCUCACUCCUCCUACUGCACCAUGUGACCAAAACUCUCUUAUCGGCAUGGCAACCGCGACCCUGGACGACCUGCAGCAGAUCAUGCCGGAGCUGGCUCACGGUUUGGGAGAGCUGCUGAACUACGAGGGAAACGUAGAGGAAGACUUCUACCUCACCUUCCAGGUGUUCCAGGAGGAGAUGGGAAUGAUCAAAUCCUUCAACCUGAAGCCUGGAGGAGACAAGAUCCCCGUCACCAAGCAGAACAGGAAAGAGUACGUUCAGCUCUACGUCGACUUCCUGCUGAAUAAAUCCAUUUAUAAGCAGUUUGCUGCCUUCUACCACGGCUUCCACAGUGUGUGUGCCUCUGAUGCUCUCAUGCUGCUGCGGCCGGAGGAAGUGGAGAUGUUGGUGUGUGGCAGUCCUGAGCUCGACAUGAACGCUCUGCAGAAAGCUGCUCAGUACGAAGGAUACAACAAGAACGACUCCACCGUACGGUGUUUUUGGGACGUUGUGUUAGCGUUCCCUCCCGAGCUGCAGAAGAAGCUGCUCCACUUCGCCACAGGAAGUGACCGCGUUCUCGGAGGAAUGGCCGACCUCAACUUCAAAAUCUCCAAGAUAGAAGUUCCUACUGACUGCGAUGGUCACCAUAGUUACAACAUCCUCGGCUGCAAUUUCCUGUUUGAAAAGCAGCCCCUCCCCUUCUGCUACAGAGCCAAAAUGGCGACCGUUGAGGGGUCGGUUCCUAUGGAGACACACGGCAACGGUCACAGCCCCGUAAAAAUUACCCCAAAGUUCCUGCAGUGGAAACGACCAACGACCAACGACCCUUUAGUGCACUGCAUGUGGAACGCACUUAUGCACUCAGAAUAUUAA